AUGUCUCCCCCAAAUAAAGUCGAGGAGGCUACUGAAAUUGUCGAAGAGGUGCCUAAUGAUCACGAAGGAAAAUGCGACGAGACCAAGUUUGUUAGAAAGCUGGACUUGUAUCUGCUUACUUGGGGCUGCAUAGCGUAUCUGAUUAAAUCUAUUGAUCAAAGCAACUACUCUAAUGCGUAUGUUAGUGGAAUGAAGGAGGAUCUCAAUAUUGUUGGAAAAGAGUAUAACUGGAUUAGCACCUAUUUUAAUAUUGGCUACGCUGUAGGGCUAGUACCCUCUCAGGUGUCAAUGACAAGGAUAAGCACACCUUACUGGUUAAGCUCAUGUGAGUUUAUCUGGGGUAUCCUGACACUGUCGUGUGCUUUUGUCAAGUCGGUUCAUGUUCUAUAUCCACUCCGGUUCCUAAUCGGGCUUUUCGAGAGCAGUGCGUGGCCGGGAAUGAUGACCAUCUUUUACAACUACUAUACAAAAAAAGAGCUAGCUACACGUGCUGCACUGUUUACUGGCUCAUACUAUGCUGGAAGUAUGUUUACGGGAUUUAUGCAGGCUGCUAUCUAUAAAACUUUGAACGGGCACGGAGGUCUUGCAGGAUGGAAAUGGCUAUUUGUGAUUAAUGGUCUGAUGACAGUUGCCAUCGCCUCAGUUGGAUUCUAUAUUGUUCCUGAUUCUCCCCAAAAUGGUGGUGCCAAAUGGAUGACUGCAGAUGAUCUUGCUAUAGCAAACCAGAGAAUGUUCAACAUUGGACGAGAAACUAAACGGCAAUUAAACGUGAAGAAAGUGCUGAAAAUUCCUUUGGAUUACCGUGUCUGGCUGUUCCUUCUGGCAUACGUGCCAGCGGUUUGGACCACCUCUGUUGCGUAUUUCAAUUUAUGGCUUAAAAGUCUCAAAACCGACGAUGGAAGCUUGCGCUAUUCCGUCGAACAACUCAACUUGAUUCCUAUUGCUGGCUCUGCUGUUCAACUGGUCACCAUCGUCACCCUUUCGAAGCUGGCUGAUUUUGCAAACGCUCGAUUCAUUGUGCUUGUGGCCGAAAACAUCACCCAGCUUGUGGGCACCAUCAUCCUGGCUACGCGACCAAAAAGCAUCGGUGUCAAUUACUUUGGCUAUUUUCUUCUUUAUGCUCAAGGAGCGAAUACUCCAAUUCUCAUAUCCUUCUUGCCUGAGAUUUGGGCAACGGCUCCUGAUCUAAGAGCCAUAAUAACAGGUGUCACGGUUGUCAUGGUUUAUGCCAACAAUGCCUGUAUUUACGGGAGCGUGGACAUGUUAACUUUAGUCCGAGUAGGAGACAGUCAAUUCUCCAAGGAUUUGAUUAAUACCUAG